AUGGAGCACGACAAACCGCCCCGUUCCCUGGUUCUGCAGUUGCCCUCUUUUGCCCUUCGUCCUUUGGUCGGUAGCAUUCAGACAUCACAAGAAAAAGGGAGGGAGAUUAAUCACCGCCUGCCGGAUGAAACCGAUCCAUUUGGCGAUCAGCGUAGCUUCGCACUAAGCGGGACAACUUUGCCGACGAAUGCGAGUCCGCCGCCCAUCUGA